ACAAAAGUAUCAAAAAUAUAUAUUAAAAAAUCUUGUUUUUUACUCUUUGUGCAUUGUAAAAGUAUUAUAAAUGUAUUAUAACAAACAAUAUUAGUUAACAAGUAUCGUAAAAGUAUAACCAAAUUACAUGCGAAAGGAUUAUAGGACUCAGAUUUGCGAUACUCGCACUCGCAAAUAAUCCAUAACGCAGGCAAUAUAACUUUACAUGCAUCUCCAAUGCACGCAUAAGCAUACAUUACGUCAAAUAUUUAAUUACGUCAUUUGAAAGCCAUUCAAGUUACAUUAAUAAUAAUAAAAAAAUACCUAUCAUUUUUUUUCAAAAUGACAAAGAAUACACAACUAUUAGAUACCUGCAAUACUGAAAUUCAGCUUUUAUGACAACACAAUCAACACUAAUGACUAGUUAUUAUGUUAUAAUGUCUAAAUAGUAUAUAAAGAAGUAAUUUGGACAAUUAACCCGAGAAUUCAAUACAAAGUAUACAAGAUAUCAUAAAAUUCAUAACUAUCUUAGUCUAUAAGUAACCGCCUUUUCUCCUCUACUCAAUUAAAACUGAUUUUUAAUAUUACAUUUAAUAAAGGACGUUAUCUCAAUAUUAAUUUAGAAAAUUUAUUUUUUAGUCAACAUUGUGUUACGAAAUAUCAAUUUCUAUUAUAUAACGCAAUGUAUCUCACUUAACUCUUAUCGUAUUUCUAUUUUUACAGUAAAUUAUAUGUAAAUAUAUAAACGUGUUUUUUGUUUUUAAUUUUUUAUAUCUAUGGGAUUUGGGAUGUACUUACACCGUUUUCGUUAGCUUGAACACAUACAACUCGUAUAACAUAAAUAAUACUUUGAGAGGGAGAGAGAGAGAACUAUAGUUUCAAAAGUAUCAAGUGAUAUACUAUUCACAUCAUAUGUUUAGUACAAGAUACUCUUUUAUAUUUUAUCUAAAGAAAAAUACACUAUCAAAAGGAAUAUAUACACAUUGCAUACAUAUUGGAAACUAAAUUUCAUAAAAUUAUUACAUUUUAAAUGCUAACAAAAUCAUAUUCAUGUAACAAUGUUUUUUUAUAAAAAAAUAAAAUAAAAUUUAUAUUACGUUAAAAUAAAUAAUUGUUUUGGAACAAUUAAUAAUCUACACACACAAGCACGCGCGCGCGCGCGCGCGUUAUUUCAAUUAAAAACAAUUCAAUUAUUAAAUAUGUUCAAUAUAUAAUAUAAUAAAUGUCGAACAAUAAUUUUCUCAUUCAUUUUCUCAUAAUUAGAUAAAAUGGUAAUGUUUUCUAGAAAACAUCUUAAAAUUAUGUGAAAACUACUACUUGCUUUUUUCAGUUGAUUUAUUUACACAAUAAAACCAAUAAAUAAUUUUUAGAUCAAAUAUUAUUUUUUAAAAACAUUACGUUAUCUCUAAAUCGACUGACUCAAUUGCUUAAUAAACAUUCAACUUAUAUCUACUGAAUACAGCUAUUUUCCAUCUUUAAAAUUGUUUUCUUCAUAAUGUCCCACAUGUAAUUAUAACCCUUAUUAUACAAAAUUUUGGCAUUUAAAAUGUCUUGACGUAUAUCUACAUUAAAUCUUUUUGGAAAGGAUACAAAUAUGAAUCACAAAGAGAUGUAUUUGGUAAACAAAAUUAAUAAGUAAUGAGGAACAUACGGAAUAAGAGAUACUUUUGUAAUUAUGACUCUACCAUUAUUUAGCUGCCACUUCCCAUCAUAUAUGAAAGAUUGUUUUAAUAAUGAAGUAGAUAUUUUGUGGUACCAUCCUGAAUUUACGCAAAGCCGUUACCCACCAGGGCAAAAAAUAAGUGAAGCUUGUACACUUAUAUGUUUGCUUGUGGCUGUACGAAUAUUAAAAGAAGAUAUAUCGAUUUAUGAUAUAGAAAAUUGUUCGAGGUUGAAUAUUAUUGUAGCAGAGGCGAUGAUAGAGGGUAAUAUGACUCAUGCGUGGCUCAUUAAAAAAAAGCUUAUAUCACAUCCAUAUUUAAAUACCGAAGACGCUUUAAGACAUGGAGGCAAGAGUUUAAACAUAUUAAAAGAAUGGAAGUUUAAUAUCUUUCAUGAGGAAAUAGAAACAAGCUUAUGUAAAAACAUAAACAUAUUUUUACAUGAAUGGUAUAAAGCUCCGAAAUCUCAUACUUUGUUUAUGUUACUUAUCACAUGCGGACGCACUAUAUUAUUUAUAUUUCAAGAAAGUACUGGUAAGGUCACUUUGUUUGAUUCGCACAGUCACGCUACAGUCAACUCAAAUCAUGGAUUAGUCAUAGCUCAUACAACUAUCGACAAAUUGCAAUCAUUAUGCCACUGGUAUAUUCAGGAUGUAUUAAAGGAUUGUUAUAAUACACAAGCUAAUAAAUACGAACUAGCUUUCUUAUAUUCCUGUGACGCACAAUGCAGUGGACCUAAUGGGAUUUCAUGCGACUGUAAAAAAUCUUGCAAAAUAUAAUUAUUUUUUUAACUGUG